AUGCUUCCUGUCAAACUUGGAGAAGUCAUCGAAAUAGCUGCGGACGUGCUUAAAAUCGGCAGAAAUGUGGCAUUCGCUGAGGCGGAGUUCAGAAGGAAGUCCGAUGGAAAGUUAGCAGCUAAGGGGCGACAUACCGUUGCUAUACUACCCAAGCAGCCAAACCAAGAAGGAGAGAAAAUUGAGAUUAAAAACCUCCAAGAUUUAGGUGCGAUUUGUUAG